UAUUCUCUUUCCUUAUGCAUUGCUUUUGGAAAGCAGUUUAACAGGGGUACCAGCGCUAUGCAACACUAUGUGGGUUUACGUCCCAUGUUUGAUGUAGAGGUGAUGAAUGCAGAUGCUAAAUUGGUUCUUGGUGAUCAAGAGGCCCAACCUAGCCCUAGCAACAUUGCCCGUGGUCUUUCUACAGUCUAUAAAGAUAUCACAGACACUGUAAGAAAAGAAGCAGCCACUAUAACGGCAGUCUUUCCCUCUUCAAAUGAUGUUAUGUCAAUACUGGUCCAGCGUGUUUUGGAGGAUCGAGUUCCAAAACUUCUAGAGAAAUUCUUGGUAAAACCAUCUCUUCUUAAUCCACCUCCUAUGGAAGAAGGUGGUCUUAUACUGUAUCUCAGGUUAUUGGCUGUGGCAUAUGAAAAGACACAGGAACUUGCUAGAGAUUUACGUGGUGUUGGGUGUGGUGACUUGGAUGUUGAAGGCCUGACAGAAUCUCUGUUCCUUCCCCACAAAGAUAGUUAUAUUGAGUGUGAGCAAGCCUCUCUCAGACAACUUUACAAAGCUAAGAUGGAGGAACUGCGUGCUGAAAGCCAGCAGUCUUCGGAGUCAUCUGGGACAAUUGGACGGUCAAAGGGUGCUUCAGUUGCAUCGUCUCUCCAGCAGAUUUCUGUUGCAGCAGUAACAGAGUUUGUGCGUUGGAAUGAAGAAGCAGUAUCUAGAUGCACCUUGUUUUCACCACAUCCUGCGAUGCUUGCUGCCAAUGUUAGAGCUGUUUUCACCUGCCUUCUAGAUCAAGUUAGUCUAUAUGUUACAGAAGGCCUUGAGAGAGCCAGGGAUAGCCUUACUGAAGCUGCAGCUUUAAGGGAAAGAUUUGUGUUGGGAACAAGUGUUAGUCGAAGGGUUGCUGCAGCAGCUGCUUCUGCUGCGGAAGCAGCAGCUGCUGCUGGUGAAAGCAGUUUCAAAUCUUUCAUGGUGGCUGUUCAACGUUGUGGAAGCAGCGUGGCUAUUGUUCAGCAAUAUUUUGCCAACUCUAUUUCCCGGCUUUUGUUACCUGUGGAUGGUGCCCAUGCUGCUUCAUGUGAAGAAAUGGCAAAGGCAAUGUCCAGUGCGGAAGGUGCUGCUUAUAAGGGGCUUCAACAAUGCAUUGAAACUGUUAUGGCUGAGGUGGAACGUUUGCUAUCAACAGAACAAAAGACAACAGAUUUUCGGUCACCUGAUGAUGGCAUUGGCCCAGAUCAUCGACCAACAACUGCCUGUACAAGAGUUGUUGCAUACCUAUCCCGAGUGCUUGAAUCUGCAUUUACUGGGCUUGAUGGGCUAAAUAAACAAGCUUUCCUCACUGAACUGGGCAAUCGCCUUCACAAAGGGUUGCUUAAUCAUUGGCAGAAGUUUACCUUCAAUCCUAGUGGGGGACUCCGCUUGAAGCGUGAUAUAACUGAGUAUGGGGAGUUUGUUCGUAGUUUCAAUGCCCCCUCAGUUGACGAGAAAUUUGAAUUGCUGGGCAUCAUGGCAAAUGUCUUUAUUGUUGCUCCUGAAAGCCUUUCCUCUCUGUUUGAGGGAACCCCAAGUAUUAGGAAAGAUGCACAGAGGUUUAUUGAGCUUCGGGAUGACUACAAAAGUGCGAAACUUGCAUCUAGAUUUAGCUCCUUGUUUGGGUAGAAGUCGAUACUAAGCGAUGUGGUGUAGAGGCAACUCUAAAGACUGUUUCAGCUCACAAUGACAAUGUUGUUGUUAUGUUUGUACCUGGUACUGAAUGCAUUGGGCAUUUUGCAAGUGAUGAUUUGACAGUUCUGUAAAUUCAGAGGAUUGCAAAAUUAGACAAAAGGAAGGUCGGUAAGGUAUAUGAGUGACCCAUUUUUUUAAAAUUUAUUUUCUGGAUUAUGAGUAAUUUUAUGUUUGAAAAUUCCGUUGGUUAAGUGUGAAUUUUUCUGGAAACCAAAGGUGUCCGAGUUUAAGGAUUUA